AUGUCUUAUCAAAAAAAAACAUGUACUCUAUUCUUUUUUUCCUGGCGACGUUCUACAGAGGCAUAACAACCUCUGCCUAAUUCAUCACGAUCCCAACCAAGUAUCGAUUAAGGUCGCAUACACCUUGAAAGACUUCCUAAAUAGUGCAUAUUCCUCAAGUCUGUAUCACAGCCUGGGCAUCACUACUAGGAGAAAUGCCUGAGGCAAACGCCGCUCCCGCCGGGGACGCUCGCGAAGGGCAGGGCUCGGUAGUCGGGAAAAUCGUCCAGGGUUUAGCGAUAUGGUUUGGCAUGCAAUUGCUAAUGAAGCAGCUGACGGGCGGCAAUAAGACACAAACCGCCACCGUUCAAGACGCCUCCGGCAAUGCUGUACAGGUACCCGCAAACACUGGCGAUAUACCUGCUUACCAGCUUCGCCCGCAAACUCUCGACGAAGGCGCCGUUUGGAACCCCAUUCCACAGCGGCUCGCGCCUAUCUGGCCUGAUGAUAGUCCCGUCGAUAUUGUCGUUACGCUCUCGCCGUCCUUCAUGCCCACCAAGAUCUCUGAUGUGCCAGAGGAAUACGUUGCCCUUAGCGAGAAGAAUUUCAAGCUGAGCAACUCGAGUGACACACGGGUUGCCGAAGGUACUUUCAAUGUGCCUUCGGCCGUUCAGAAGAAUGGGACGCUCUGGGGACACUUCUAUAUUGGACUCACAGGAGCCAAUCUUGACCCUAAGGAGCCAGGAUUCGAUCCGGCGAAGGCCUUCCAUUUCGUGCACCCCUUGACGCAAUAUAUUCCGAAGAAGAAGGAAGCAAAGACCCGUAACUUGCUAGAAGGACGGUCUGAGGCGGAGGUAGAGGAAGAACCCGAAGAACAAAUCACCGGCCCAAUCAUCGCAAGCUACUAUCAUCCCAAUACUAGUUUAUCGUUUAUUACCGGUAUGGGCGUCUUAACCUAUCCACAAUUGCAGCCAGCUGUAAGACAAUUCGUACAUGUAGAGCCUAUGGGUGCUCGCGAUGGUUCUGGGCAGAAUUCUUGGUACUACCCCAUCUUAUACGUUAAUACGUUCUGGCAACUCAAGAGUCAUAUGAUGCUUCUUAAUGAAACUGUCAAGACACUGCCUAUACGCAUCGAUCUUGGUAACCUAAAGGGCUUAUAUUUCAACGUCAUGGCUACGAUGGAUUUCAACUCUAAGCAGCAACAACUCCAAGCUGCGUAUGGCGCGCCUAUGACAGGUGGCGGCGAUGGAAGCGAGAUUGAUAUGAUCAAGGAGAUGCUAUUAGACACGAACCCUUAUCUCAUUGGUGUAACAGCAGUCGUGAGUAUCGCGCAUAUGUUCCUCGAGAUGCUCGCUUUCGGAUCCGAUAUCGCCCAUUACCGCAAGAAGAAGGACAACGUUGGCAUUUCGGUUCGCUCGAUCCUGGCCAACGUCUUUAUGCAAGCGGUCAUCUUCCUCUACCUGAUCGACAAUUCUCAGAAUACCAGCUGGAUGAUUCUCGCCACUCAAGGUAUUGGCAUCUUCAUCGAGUUCUGGAAGAUUACUACCGUUGUGGAUGUCAGAGUGCGGCCAGCCCCACCAGGAUCAUUGAUACCGUACCGGAUCGCGUUUGAGGAUAAAUAUAAGCUUAGCGAGACUGAGGAGAAGACGAAGGAGUAUGAUGAGAUCGCAUUCAAGUACAUGUACGUCGCCGCGGUCCCUCUACUCAUCGGCUAUGCCAUCUGGUCGCUGGUCUACGAAUCGCACAAAUCGUGGUACUCGUAUAUCCUCACAACCCUGGUAGGGUCUGUAUACGCAUAUGGUUUCUUGAUGAUGGUGCCUUCGCUUUACAUCAACUACCGGCUUAAGAGCGUUGCCCAUAUGCCGGGUAAGGCAAUGCUUUACAAGUUCCUGAACACAUUCAUCGAUGAUCUAUUCGCCUUUACCAUCAAGAUGCCGUUUUUGUAUCGUCUAGCCACCUUCCGAGAUGAUAUCAUCUUCUUCAUCUACCUGUAUCAGCGUUGGGCAUACACGAUUGACUACACCCGAGUCAACGAAUUCGGCCAGGGUGGUGAUGAAGAAACCGAGGAGACUAAGGCCGAGCCUAAGUCAUUACUAAACGCCGAAGCUGUCACGGAGAAGGUCGAGGGCACCGCGAAAACUAGCGGUGCGGACACCGGCGCAGCGAAAAAGAGGAAGUAGAGUAACAUGAGCUUUAGAGGAUAACAUGUUUACAUGCAUCUUUGACAUAAAGUUAUAAUACUUAAUGUUGGCAUAUAGAAAUAGAGUACUGCACCAAGCAGAAUUGUCCGGAGGGAAGUCCUCUUCAUCGGUUAUACUCGGUGUGGUAUGUUAGACAACUUAGUACUAUAGUCUCUAAUUGCCCAAAAUGCCUAUCAUGCAUCUAUCA